AUGUCGAUACAAUUGCGUAAUGGUCUAGCUAACCAGAGUCUAGAUCGAGUAUUGGAAGAUUUACUAGUGAGAUUUGUUGUGAAUGUACCAGAGGAAGAUUUAUCUUCAAUUGAAAGAAUCAUGUUUCAAAUCGAAGAAGCGCAAUGGUUUUAUGCAGACUUUGUUCGUCAAUUGAAUCCAGAUCUACCACCUAUGAAAAUGAAGACAUUUUGUGCUAAGAUAUUGGAGAAGUGUCCACUUGUUUGGCAAUGGGGUGAUCCAAAGGAGGCAUUAUCAAAGUUUGGUAAAUAUAAAUCCACCAUACCUGUUAGAGGGGUUGCAUUAUUCAAUAAGGAUUUAAAUAAAGUUGUUUUAGUCAAAGGGACAGAGUCAAAUACUUGGUCAUUUCCAAGAGGCAAAAUCUCAAAGGAUGAGUCAGACAUUGAUUGUGCUAUCAGAGAAGUUGAAGAAGAAACUGGCUUUAAUUGCCGACAUUUGAUUAAUGAAAACGAUUGUGUUGAAAGAAACAUCAAGGGGAAGAACUACAAGAUUUACUUGGUCAAGAAUGUCCCAGAGGAUACUGUUUUUGAAACUCCAAAAUAUGAAAUUUCACAGAUUCAGUGGUUCGAUAUCAAAACAAUUCAAAAGAAAAACAAAAGCAGCCCAAACUCGUUCUUCAUUGUGGGAACUAUCUUAAAGCCAAUGAUGAAGUGGAUCAACAAGAACAAGGGUGUUUUGAACGAAGAGGAAAUCAUGUUACAAGUCGAAUUGAAAUUGAAGGAUUUGUUAGGACUCAACAAGCCUGUCGAGAAUGUAGAUGCUGGCAGAGAAUUGUUGAAUAUUUUACAAAAAGUUGGGCAAAAGGACACACAAUUUCCAGCCUCACCUUCCAUUUCAUCACAAGUGUUGGGUGGUCAACCAUCUCACCCACAACAGCCGAUGUUUAGUGUUCCCGUACCACAACAUCUUCACAGCCAAAUUCCAUUUUUUGCUGGUGCCUCUAAUGCUGCAUUUCCGUUUUAUAAUCAACCAUUUUUCAACCCAAUGACAUUUGCACCACCUCAUUUCAUGCCUCCACAUCCUGGGGCUUACUCGCAUUAUCAAGAUCAACAACCACCUAAUCCACAAACAUUCCAGAAACCAAAAACCAAUUCAAAAGAAUUACUCUCUAUCUUGACUACCAAGUCUGGAAAGAAGAAAGAUGAUGAUGACGACGAUGCCAAGCAAAAGAAAUCUGUUGAAGAUGGAAAUAUUAGAUCUAGGGCUGAACAGUUACUUAGCGUAUUCCCAAGAAAGCAGACAAAGGAAAAGAAAGAAACCAUUAAUCAAGAGUCUCGUCGUAAAUCACCAACCCCGGAAACACACUUGAAGAAUUCGACAAGUGCUAGUCCAAUUAUUAGUCAACACCAACAAGCAUCUAAUGAAAUCGAGGAAUCCAUAAGAAACCAUCAACACCAACAGCCAGUUGGAGCUGGUAAAAAAAUCAAAUUACUAAAGAGAUCUGACAAUAAAGCAUCAGCGGAUUUAAUGGAUUUGUUAGGCCCAAAAAAGGAUAGCACACAACCAAAAACGGACGCUUCUGCAUCGAACGAAAUUUUGGGAUUACUUCAUAAAUCUCCCACCGAGCCGGUUAAAGAAGUCAAGCAAGAUGCAUCUAAUGACCUAUUGAAUAUUCUCAAGAAGCCGAACAAUAAAGAGCAAUCAAACCUUACGGUAUCUAAUGAUUUAUCAGGACUGUUGAACAAGCCUAGCAACAAUCAAUCAUCUGCAAAUCAAUUAUUGGGAUUACUUGGGAAAAACAAAAGUGAUACUAAUGAUACUAACAACGAAGGAGCAAAGAAUGCCAUACUCAGUGCAUUGUACCCAGAAACAAGAAAUAGUGUAACCUCACCUCCUAUGAAUUUUCCAUCACAACAACCAGAAACUGUUCAAUCUGGAGCUUCCAAUCACUUAUUGGGAUUAUUACAAAGAAAAGACACAGAGAGACACGAGAGCCUUUCACCAACUGCAGAUAUUUGGAAAUCAAAAGAUACAAACCCAUCCAACAGGGAAUUAGGAAAACAAUUCAAUAUUAGCAAUUUUGCAACAGGAGUAAAUACAGUGACUUCUCCUUCUGCUGUGGAUAUAUGGGCAACACCAAACUUAUCAGUUGACGAAAAAGCAAACAGACGCAGUAGUCAGUUGCUUGAUUUGUUAAACAAAGACAGAUCAACAAGCAUUGCUGCGGCCACUGUCAUGUCUCCUAAUGUUGAGCCUGCACCGGAAUCAACUACCAAUCAGAACUCAGGAUCAGCUCAUCAUCAACAACAGGAACAUUUACCCGAAAACUUUGAAGAUUUUGAGAAUUUUGAAGACUUUGAAGACUACCAAGAUGGGUACCAAUUUAGUGACCACUUUGGAAACCAAUUCUUUGAUAAAACAUACAGAAAUUUCGAUAUUGCCAGUGACGAGGAAGAUGUUGAUCAUUUGAUUGAUCCCUUGAGCACACAACAGAAUAGAGGAUUCAUUCCAGAAGAGACACGCCCUGAUUUACAGGAUCAGCCAAAAAAGAUUAAAAUUUUGAAACCGGGUGAAAGUAUUGGAAACCUUUUUGGUAAUUCACAAGAAAGCAAUGAACAAGGAAAGGGAUUGUUAGCUUUAUUAAAUGGCGGUAAACCUCCGCAAUAG